AUGGUGGUCCUGCUGCUGCUGCCUCUACUGUUGGGGGGUGAAUGUCUAGGAUCCCUGCAGCAGCAGCAUCCAGGCUAUGAGAUCCAAGUGCAGGAAUCGGUGACGGUGCAGGAGGGUCUGUGUGUCCAUGUGCCCUGCUCCUUCUCCUACCCGUGGAGUCCGUGGUCUUCCUCUAGUGAACUGUACACCUUCUGGUACCGGGACUGGGACAACACAGAUUAUGCUGCUCCUGUGGCCUCGAGCAACCGGAAUAAAACAGUGAAGAGAGAGACCCGAGGCCGCUUCCUCCUCGCGGACCCCACAGCCAACAACUGUUCCCUGCAAAUCAGAGACGCCAGGAGGAGCGACUCAGGACGCUAUGUCUUCCGAGUGGAGAGAGGAGAUUCUGUGAAAUAUAAUUACAAAGAGAAGAUGCUGGAUUUGCAGGUGACAGCCCUGACAGAGAAACCCCACAUCCGUGUACGGGAGCCUCUGGAGUCCGGCCGCCCCACACAGCUGGCCUGCAGCCUGCCAGGGGCCUGCGAAGGGGGACGACCUCUCACCUUCUCCUGGGCGGGAGCCGCUGUGGACUCGCUGGACCCCCAGAACCUCCGCUCCUUGGUGCUCACCUUCACCCCGAGGCCCCGGGACCAUGGCACCAGCCCCACCUGUCAGGUGAAACUCCAAGGAUCUUGGGUGGCCACGCAGAGAACCAUCCGGCUCAAUGUCUCCUAUGCUCCUCUGCUGACCAUCAGGCUUUCCCAGGGAAACUGCACAGCUCUGAAGACCCUGAGCAACCACACAUCCCUGCCUGUCCUGGAGGGCCAGUCCCUGCUCCUGCUCUGCGAGGCUGACAGCAACCCCCCUGCCACGCUGAGCUGGUCCCAGGAGGGGAGAGCCCUGAACCUGUCCCAGCCCUCAGCACCCGGAGUCCUGGAGCUGCCCCACGUGGGGGCAGGAGACGGAGGGGAGUUCACUUGCCGGGCUCAGCACCCGCUGGGCUCCCAGCACGUCUCUUUCAGCCUCUCUGUGCAGAGCAGCCCUCCCUGCAGAUGUGUGACUGAGGAGCAGCAGGGCUCCUGGCCCCUGGUCCUCACCCUGAUCAGAGGGGCCCUCAUGGGGGCUGGCUUCCUCCUCACCUACGUCCUCACCUGGCUCUACUACACCAGGUGUGGAGGCCCCCGGAACAGGAGGCAGAGCUCCUGAUGGAUCCUCCCUUCCUCUCAAGAUGGGACUGAGGUGUGGACACCAGGCUAGAGGGACCGUCCUGGGACGUCAAUGUCACCUUCUCCCUGGAAGCUCCUGACUCACCUGCCUCCAAUGUGCCCCUGGGGUUUCAGUGUGUGGAAGUGACUGAGUGACGACAAGGGGAGUCAGUGCCAUGGA